AUGAAGAGCGGGAGAGAUGUGGAGCUUACGGGCUCCGCGCUGAGGGAGAAGGCAAAGCGGGCCUCCUUGACCCCUGUGCGGCCCACCAAACCAACCGCCUACGCACGGAAGAGGACCGCGCUGUCAACCGGCGCGGGGAAGCCGGCGAUGCAACGGGAUGCCCUUUCGCAGACAGGCUCGAUGAAUACUUCCAAGAGCGACGACGCGGAAGGCAGUUUCUUGUCAUUGCAAGACGGCCAACGCGCCGGCAGCAUCCAGAGGCGGCCGGAUAUGCACACCCCGCCUGCAAGAGACGCGCCAAGCGGCUGCAGGGCGGCCGAUACGCCGCACACCACCACCGCCUCACCGGGUGGCGGGGACGAGGGCGCGCUUCCCCUUCUGUGCCUCACCACCCCCGAGGCCGGGCUCCCUGCGCUGGAGGAGUGUUCGACUCCCACCAUGCUCGGCGGCGCAACGGUUGUCUGGGCCGGUGGACGUCGUCGCCAGCAGUGGCAGCGGCGGGCGCUUGAUUCCCCGCAGCUGACGGAGCAGGAACACGGCGGCUGCGAAGACCGGGGGGCGUUGCCACAGGCGCAAAAAGUUGGUGUCGCACAAGAGGGUCCCUGCCGAGAAGCAAGGUGCCCGAGUCUGCCGUCCGCGACUUCUCCGGAGCGCCCCACGGAGGCGCGCAACGCGCAGCCGUGGCCUCCGCUGCGGGCGGGGAGUGCUCUGCCGGUGGAUUCGUCGCUCGUCGAGAAGGCGGCGGCGACGCCGGCAACUCAACCUGAGGCAGGUGCCCCGCGGGACUCGCCGAUGCGUGCCGUUGCCGCCGAUGCGGUGAACGAUUUUGCCUCGCGCAUUUUUUGCUGCACGCUCUUCUCACUCUCAUCGCCGUCCUCGCCACGGCGUGACUCCUCGUUGCAGGCAGGCGGACGCGCGGCUACGGAGACGGACGCCGUGCCAGCGACUGUGCGUCGGGAGGGGGCGGUCACGGGCGGCGACACAGCCGCAACACCGGCGCGUAGGGGGGCGUAUUCCGCGUCGAGGGGGCAGCAGGCGUCUUCCAGGGCGGCCGGCGUCAGCUUGUGCGAGGCGGGGUCGAGUGCUGCUGCUGCGGCGCCGGCACCCGAGUGCGUGAACUGGGCGCAGCUUGACAGCUACCGACGGCUGCCGGGGUACAGGGCGGCACGGCGGAGGGCGCAUGCGCAUGCGCUGGACACGCUCCGGCAACGCUUUCACUGCGGCGCGGGGUGA